CCCAGUGGACAUCUCUCUCCAAGCCGUCGCCGAGCGCGGCGGGCGGGCGGGCAGCAGCUGAAGGCGGUCGGGGGUGGGGACUCUGCGCUCCCCUUAGACAGGGACGGCAGCCUCGCCGGCUCCGGCGCCGCCACCUCUCGGGCUCGUCCAGGUCCCUCAGGUGUCCUUGUCCAAGGCCGAGAAGACACCUUGGCAACGUAGGGGCGGGCUCCCUCGGCGCCAGGAGACCCUACGGGUUUGGCGUUGUUGUCAGCCUCGGGGAGAGAGAUUGGACAAAUAAUUCUCCAAGAGGAGGAGGGCGACGCCAAGGACUUUCCGCAUCUACUGCUUUUGGGGUUUUCUCCACAAGUUGCAAGAGAGACCCUUUCCGUCUUGGCGUUGCGUGUGUCGUGCUUCCCACUUGGGCAGCGACUGCUGUCCCAGGGUGACUCCGAGUUGUCCUUUCUCGCGAACCGGCCAUGGCUAGUGAAGACAGCCGUGUCCCUUCCCCGCCACCAACAGGUGAUGACGGGGGAGGUGGAGGGAGAAGAGAAGAGACCUCCACCGGAGGAGCUGCAUUGUCUCUGAAGCCUGGGCUCCCCAUCAGGGGCAUCAGAAUGAAAUUUGCCGUGCUGACGGGGCUGGUCGAAGUUGGAGAAGUAUCCAAUAGGGAUAUUGUAGAAACUGUCUUUAACCUGCUGGUUGGAGGGCAGUUUGAUUUGGAAAUGAAUUUCAUUAUCCAAGAAGGUGAGAGUAUCAUCUGCAUGGUGGACCUGCUGGAGAAAUGUGAUGUCACUUGCCAAGCUGAAGUAUGGAGCAUGUUUACAGCCAUUCUGAAGAAAAGCAUACGCAACCUUCAGGUCUGCACGGAAGUAGGCCUUGUUGAGAAAGUGCUGGGAAAGAUCGAAAAAGUCGACCAUAUACUAGCAGAUCUUUUAGUUGACAUGUUGGGAGUGCUGGCUAGCUAUAAUCUGACAGUUCGAGAACUUAAGCUAUUCUUCAGUAAACUUCAAGGAGAUAAAGGACAAUGGCCCCCACACGCUGGCAAGUUGCUGUCUGUGUUAAAGCAUAUGCCUCAGAAGUACGGCCCUGAUGCCUUUUUCAACUUUCCAGGAAAGAGUGCUGCAGCUAUUGCAUUACCUCCUAUAGCCAAAUGGCCAUACCAGAAUGGUUUUACAUUUCAUACCUGGCUUAGAAUGGAUCCUGUAAAUAACAUCAAUGUAGAUAAAGAUAAACCUUACUUGUAUUGUUUCAGAACCAGCAAAGGUCUUGGUUAUUCUGCUCAUUUUGUUGGAGGGUGUUUGAUUAUAACAUCAAUAAAGUCAAAAGGAAAAGGCUUUCAACACUGUGUGAAAUUUGAUUUCAAGCCACAAAAGUGGUAUAUGGUAACUAUAGUACACAUUUAUAACCGAUGGAAGAACAGUGAACUUCGAUGUUAUGUGAAUGGUGAGCUGGCUUCCUAUGGAGAAAUAACAUGGUUUGUCAACACCAGCGAUACUUUUGACAAGUGUUUCCUGGGCUCCUCAGAAACCGCUGAUGCUAAUAGAGUAUUCUGUGGCCAGAUGACAGCAGUUUACCUGUUUAGUGAAGCUCUCAAUGCAGCUCAGAUAUUUGCCAUUUAUCAGUUGGGCCUGGGAUAUAAGGGUACAUUUAAAUUCAAAGCAGAAAGUGACCUUUUCCUUGCAGAACAUCACAAACUUCUAUUGUAUGAUGGCAAACUCUCUAGUGCCAUUGCAUUUACUUACAACCCACGGGCUACAGAUGCCCAGCUUUGCCUCGAAUCAUCUCCCAAGGACAACCCUUCAAUUUUUGUUCAUUCACCACAUGCACUCAUGCUCCAGGAUGUAAAGGCAGUUUUAACACAUUCCAUCCAAAGUGCUAUGCAUUCAAUUGGAGGUGUACAAGUGCUGUUUCCACUUUUUGCACAGUUGGAUUAUAGGCAGUAUUUAUCUGAUGAGGUCGACUUGAGUAUCUGUUCAACCUUGCUGGCCUUCAUCAUGGAGUUGUUGAAGAACUCAAUUGCCAUGCAGGAGCAAAUGCUUGCCUGUAAGGGCUUCUUGGUAAUAGGAUACAGCCUUGAAAAGUCUUCCAAAUCCCAUGUCAGCAGAGCAGUACUUGAACUUUGCCUUGCAUUUUCAAAAUAUCUCAGUAAUCUGCAGAAUGGGAUGCCUCUACUCAAGCAAUUGUGUGAUCACAUUCUUCUUAACCCUGCCAUAUGGAUUCAUACCCCAGCCAAGGUUCAGUUGAUGCUGUAUACUUACCUGUCCACGGAAUUCAUUGGUACGGUCAACAUCUAUAAUACUAUUCGGCGAGUUGGAACAGUGCUUCUCAUCAUGCACACACUGAAGUACUACUACUGGGCAGUGAAUCCUCAGGAUCGAAGUGGUAUCACCCCGAAAGGAUUAGAUGGACCACGGCCUAAUCAAAAAGAAAUACUUUCUCUGCGUGCAUUCUUGUUGAUGUUCAUUAAGCAGUUAGUGAUGAAGGAUUCUGGAGUAAAGGAAGAUGAACUACAGGCCAUUCUUAAUUAUCUACUGACUAUGCAUGAGGAUGACAAUCUAAUGGAUGUCCUACAGCUGCUUGUUGCAUUAAUGUCAGAGCAUCCUAACUCUAUGAUUCCUGCUUUUGACCAAAGGAAUGGCUUACGUGUUAUCUACAAACUGCUGGCAUCUAAAAGUGAAGGAAUCAGAGUACAAGCUCUCAAGGCAAUGGGCUAUUUUUUAAAGCAUCUGGCCCCAAAGAGAAAAGCUGAAAUCAUGCUUGGGCAUGGAUUAUUUUCACUGCUAGCUGAACGACUCAUGCUUCAGACAAAUUUAAUCACAAUGACCACAUAUAAUGUCCUGUUUGAGAUUCUUAUAGAACAGAUUUGUACUCAAGUGAUACAUAAGCAGCAUCCAGAUCCUGAUUCUUCUGUAAAGAUACAAAACCCUCAGAUACUGAAAGUAAUUGCGACCUUGCUUCGAAAUUCUCCCCAGUGCCCAGAAAGCAUGGAGGUUCGCAGAGCCUUUCUUUCUGACAUGAUUAAACUUUUUAAUAACAGUAGAGAAAACAGGAGGAGCUUGCUACAGUGUUCUGUGUGGCAAGAAUGGAUGCUUUCUCUCUGCUAUUUUAAUCCUAAGAAUUCAGAAGAGCAAAAGAUAACAGAAAUGGUAUAUGCUAUAUUCAGAAUCCUACUUUACCACGCAGUAAAAUAUGAGUGGGGUGGCUGGCGUGUAUGGGUAGACACCUUAUCAAUCACACAUUCAAAGGUCACUUUUGAAAUACACAAAGAGAACCUUGCCAGCAUGUUUAGGGGACAGCAGGGAAAGGUUGAUGAGGAAAUAGGGCUAAGCUCUUCAGGUCCCGUUCCAGCAAUCUCUGGAAUUAGCAGGGAUGUUCCUGCUUCAGCGGGGUCUCAGCAAUCAGACAAGAAGGAUUCCCCCAUCUAUCCCCAUUUUACCAGAAACAGUGGUGAAAACUCAAGUAAUGAAAACACUAGUUCAGUAGAAACGACAUCUAACGUCGAACUGCAGACUCAUAGUACCUCUAUUGAAGAAAGGAAAACUGAGCAGGAAAAUCGGGAGUUACUGGAUGAAGUCACUUUGGAAGAAACACUGACAAAUGAGGAACUGAAUGCAGGUGUUUUAGAAGCAUCUUCUGACCUAAGAGAACCUAUAACUGUUUCCUCUAGUACUUUUGAAACAGCUGGCAAAGAUACAGUGACCAUCAGUGAAGGAACGGCAUCUGUAAGCUCUCCUUCAGAAGGGGAUGCUACAGAGAUGCCAGAAUUAUUGGAUAAGUCUCUGGUAGAAGAGGAGGACGAUGAUUAUGUGGAACUGAAGGUGGAAAGCAGUCCUACUGAGGAAACCAGCCUGCCCACAGAGGGCCAAGAUAAUAGUUUGUCUCCAGCUGCAUCCGAAGGCAGUGAAAGACUGCAUGAAGCUAGUACUGACUGCAAAUUAAUAUUCCAAGAGGAAGACCCUGUUACGGAAAAACCAACUGGUACUGAAGCUCAAGAUUCUGAAGAUCCUGGAUCCCUGCAUGUAACAGCUUCAGAGUCUUCAGCUACUUCUCUAGAAACUACUGUUUCCCAAACAGCUGUGCAGUCAGGCAUGGAUCAGAUGUUGGAGGAAGGAAAGAAAACAGCCGACUCUGCUGGAGAAACCAACUUAGACACUGAUAGUCAUGGUAAUGUUUUUGAAGCUUCUGUUACUUCUGAGCAGAAGAUUGCCAAGUUAGAUGUUUCCAGUGUUGCUUCAGAUACCGAGAGACUGGAAUUGAAGGCUAAUACAAGCAUGGAAGCAGUUCAGCCUCAUCGACAAAUGCUUGAGGUACCAAGGCAACAGGAGCAGCCAGUUCGAGGACCAGUACCAGAGGCAGUCAAUGGACAAAGGAGGGAUUCAAGAUCUACCAUGUUUCGUGUUCCUGAGUUCAAGUGGUCUCAGAUGCAUCAGCGUUUGCUCACUGAUCUGUUAUUUUCGAUAGAAACAGAUAUUCAGAUGUGGAGGAGCCAUUCAACAAAGACAGUUAUGGACUUCGUGAAUAGCAGUGAUAAUGUCAUCUUUGUACACAACACAAUUCAUCUCAUCUCUCAAGUGAUGGACAAUAUGGUCAUGGCUUGUGGGGGUAUACUGCCAUUGCUUUCAGCUGCUACAUCGGCUACACAUGAGCUGGAGAAUAUUGAGCCUACUCAAGGCCUUUCAAUAGAAGCCUCUGUGACAUUUUUGCAGAGGCUCAUUAGCCUUGUGGAUGUGCUUAUAUUUGCAAGUUCUCUUGGCUUUACUGAAAUUGAAGCUGAAAAAAACAUGUCAUCUGGAGGAAUUUUGCGGCAGUGUCUCCGACUGGUAUGUGCAGUGGCAGUAAGGAAUUGCUUAGAGUGUCAACAGCAUUCACAGUUGAAAUGUAGGGGAGAUGCAGCAAAAGUCCUGAAAACAAUUCACAGUAUGAUUCCUGUGGGGAAAUCUGCAGCAAAGAGUCCAGUGGACAUUGUGACUGGUGGAAUAUCUCCAGUAAGAGAUCUUGACAGGCUUCUACAAGAUAUGGAUAUUAAUCGACUUAGGGCGGUUGUUUUCAGAGAUAUAGAGGAUAGCAAACAAGCCCAAUUCUUAGCUUUGGCAGUUGUGUAUUUUAUAUCUGUUCUGAUGGUCUCAAAGUACAGAGACAUUUUGGAACCUCAAAAUGAAAGGCGUAGCCAGUCAUGUAAAGAAACUGGAAGUGAAAAUGAGACUGUAUCACUCCCUGAUGUGGAAAACACACCAGCAUCAUUCAGCCCUUCAACUCCAGCCUCAGUAGAAGAAUCUGAAAGUACAUCAUCUGCUCGAAGGAGGGAUUCAGGCAUUGGAGAAGAAGCCUCUACUGGUUUAGGAAGCAAUGUGGAUGUAACUCCUCAAGCAGCACCUCCGAGUGUCAGUGCAGGCCCAGAUGCAAUCAGUGAGGUGUUAUGCACUCUUUCUUUAGAAGUCAAUAAAUCUCAGGAAACCAGAAAUGAUGGAGGAAAUGAGUUGGAUAACAAGGCUACACUACCAGUUCCAGUUUCAAAAAAUGUCAAUGUGAAAGACAUUCUCCGAAGCUUGGUAAACAUCCCAGCAGAUGGAGUCACAGUGGAUCCUGCCCUUCUGCCACCAGCCUGUCUGGGAGCUCUUGGUGAUCACCUAUCUGUUGAACAGUCUGUACAGUUCAGAUCUUUUGACAGAAGUGUCAUUGUUGCAACAAAAAAAGCAGCAGUCUUACCUUCCACCCUUGCUACGAGUGUACCUGCCAAUGCUGUGAGUGUGGUUUCCUCAGUAGAUUCAGCCCAGGCCUCAGAUGUGGGUGGAGAAUCACCAGGUAACGGAUCAUCUAAUGCAAGAUUGCCUUCAGUUCCAACAGUUGGAUCAGUUCCACAAGAUCCAGUUUCAAAUAUGAGUAUUACAGAGAGGCUUGAGCAUGCUUUGGAAAAAGCAGCUCCUCUUCUGCGAGAGAUUUUUGUAGAUUUUGCACCUUUUCUUUCUCGGACACUUUUGGGUAGCCAUGGACAAGAACUGCUUAUAGAAGGAACAAGUCUGGUUUGCAUGAAGUCUAGUAGUUCAGUUGUGGAAUUGGUUAUGCUACUGUGUUCUCAGGAGUGGCAGAAUUCUAUUCAGAAGAAUGCAGGCCUUGCUUUUAUUGAACUUGUGAAUGAAGGAAGGUUGCUUAGCCAAACAAUGAAGGAUCAUCUUGUAAGAGUAGCAAAUGAAGCUGAAUUUAUCCUGAGCAGGCAGAGGGCAGAGGAUAUUCACAGACAUGCAGAAUUUGAGUCACUGUGUGCCCAGUAUUCUGCAGACAAGCGAGAAGAAGAGAAGAUGUGUGAUCAUUUGAUAAGAGCAGCUAAAUAUCGAGACCACGUGACAGCAACUCAACUAAUCCAGAAAAUCAUCAACAUUCUCACAGACAAGCAUGGAGCCUGGGGAAAUUCUGCAGUGAGUCGUCCUCGUGAGUUCUGGCGCCUUGACUACUGGGAAGAUGACUUGCGGCGCCGGCGACGAUUUGUGCGUAACCCUCUAGGAUCGACACAUCCUGAAGCGACACUAAAAACAGCCGUGGAACAUGCUGCAGAUGAAGAUAUCCUUGCUAAAGGAAAACAGUCCAUCAAGAGUCACGCUUUAGGAAAUCAGAACUCAGAAAACGAGAUCCUCCUGGAAGGCGACGAUGAUACUCUGUCAUCCGUGGAUGAGAAAGAUUUAGAAAAUCUUGCCGGUCCUGUCAGCCUGAGCACACCAGCUCAGCUGGUGGCCCCCUCUGUUGUAGUCCAGGGCACUCUUUCUGUCACCUCCUCUGAACUCUAUUUUGAGGUGGAUGAAGAGGAUCCUAGCUUCAAGAAAAUCGACCCCAAGAUUCUGGCAUAUACAGAAGGGCUGCAUGGAAAAUGGCUGUUCUCAGAGAUACGAUCAAUUUUCUCUCGUCGUUAUCUUUUGCAAAAUACAGCCCUGGAGAUCUUUAUGGCAAACAGAGUUGCUGUAAUGUUCAACUUCCCAGACCCUGCAACAGUAAAGAAAGUGGUUAACUAUCUACCACGUGUCGGAAUUGGAACCAGUUUUGGAUUGCCUCAAACAAGGCGUAUUUCAUUAGCUAGUCCACGUCAACUUUUCAAAGCUUCUAAUAUGACCCAGCGGUGGCAACACAGAGAGAUUUCAAAUUUCGAAUACUUGAUGUUUCUCAACACAAUAGCAGGACGGAGUUACAAUGACUUGAAUCAGUAUCCAGUGUUUCCCUGGGUCAUCACUAACUAUGAAUCAGAAGAACUGGAUCUGACCUUGCCAAGCAACUUCAGAGAUUUGUCCAAGCCGGUAGGAGCUUUGAAUCCCAAAAGAGCAGCGUUCUUUGCAGAGCGUUAUGAAUCAUGGGAAGAUGAUCAAGUUCCAAAGUUCCACUAUGGAACUCAUUACUCCACUGCAAGUUUUGUUCUUGCAUGGCUGCUAAGAAUUGAACCCUUUACAACAUAUUUCCUAAAUUUGCAAGGAGGUAAAUUUGAUCACGCAGAUCGAACUUUUUCAUCAGUUUCCAGAGCGUGGCGAAACAGUCAGCGUGAUACAUCUGAUAUUAAGGAGUUGAUUCCUGAAUUUUACUAUCUUCCUGAGAUGUUUGUCAACUUCAAUAACUAUAAUCUUGGAGUGAUGGAUGAUGGGACAGUAGUGUCUGAUGUUGAACUUCCUCCUUGGGCCAAAACCUCAGAAGAAUUCGUUCGCAUAAACAGAUUGGCCUUGGAGAGUGAAUUUGUUUCCUGUCAGCUUCACCAGUGGAUUGAUCUCAUUUUUGGCUACAAACAGCAAGGACCAGAGGCUGUCCGAGCCCUCAAUGUGUUCUAUUACCUGACCUACGAAGGCGCUGUCAAUCUGAAUUCAAUAACUGAUCCAGUGUUGAGAGAGGCUGUCGAAGCUCAAAUCCGGAGUUUUGGACAGACGCCCUCUCAGCUCCUCAUAGAGCCCCACCCUCCCCGAGGUUCUGCCAUGCAAGCCUAUCUCCUCCUGCAGAGUCCACUGAUGUUCACAGACCAAGCCCAGCAGGAUGUUAUCAUGGUCCUAAAGUUUCCCUCCAACUCCCCUGUCACUCAUGUGGCAGCCAACACCCAGCCGGGUUUGGCAACCCCUGCUGUGAUCACAGUCACUGCUAAUAGGCUAUUUGCCGUGAACAAGUGGCACAACCUUCCUGCUCAUCAAGGUGCUGUACAAGACCAGCCAUACCAGCUGCCAGUGGAAAUCGAUCCUCUCAUAGCCACCAGUACGGGAAUGCACAGGAGGCAAAUCACUGACCUGUUGGACCAAAGUAUUCAGGUCCAUUCCCAGUGCUUUGUCGUCACUUCAGACAACCGCUACAUUCUCGUCGGCGGCUUCUGGGAUAAGAGUUUCCGAGUCUACUCUACAGACACAGGAAAAUUGAUCCAAGUUGUGUUUGGCCAUUGGGAUGUCGUCACUUGCCUCACUCGUUCUGAGUCAUACAUUGGGGGAAAUUGCUACAUUCUCUCAGGGUCACGUGAUGCAACCCUUCUGCUGUGGUACUGGAAUGGAAAAAGCAGUGGGGUUGGAGAUAACCCAGGCAGUGAGACCACAACUCCUCGGGCCAUCUUGACAGGCCACGACUAUGAGGUCACAUGUGCAGCGGUGUGUGCAGAGCUGGGCCUGGUGUUGAGCGGCUCUCAAGAAGGGCCGUGCCUCAUACAUUCCAUGAAUGGAGACCUGUUAAGGACCUUGGAGGGCCCUGAAAACUGCCUGAAACCGAAGCUCAUCCACGCCUCCAGGGAGGGUCACUGCGUCAUCUUCUAUGAAAACGGCCUCUUCUGCACCUUCAGCGUGAACGGAAAACUCCAGGCCACCACGGAAACCGAUGACAACAUAAGAGCCGUCCAGCUGAGCCGCGACGGGCAGUACCUGCUCACAGGGGGAGACCACGGCGUGGUGAUGGUCUGGCAAGUGUCUGACCUCAAGAAGCUCUUUGCCUAUCCAGGCUGCGACGCCGGAAUCCGGGCCAUGGCUCUGUCCCACGACCAGAGGUGCAUCAUUGCUGGCAUGGCUUCAGGCAGCAUCGUUCUGUUUUACAACGACUUCAACCGGUGGCAUCACGAAUACCAAACCCGCUACUGACGGUGACGACUGCACAGCAGCCCUGCCCCCGGCUGGGCAGGGGCGUCCCCAAGCAUCGUUCUGUUAGAAAUAGCUGUCACAUCUGAAUGUAACUGAAAUUUGCUCGAAGAAGCAAAAUAUUUUUUAAAGUCAAUUGCUAUUUUUGUAGACUUUGCUUGACACUUGGGGUGGGGGGAGGAUAGCAAAGCAGAAAACUGGCCGCUGGGUUCUGUAGUUUAAAAAAAAUCUAUAUUUUUAGUCAUAAUAAGAAAUCUAUUUUCACCAAUUAUGGAAACAUACAGUGGAGCGGGCAAACCCACGGAUUCUAGCUCUAUUAUGAAAACGUUUCCCGUUGAGGCGUAAUCUUGAGAAACACGUGAUUUGAACAUGGGAAAUGGGUUGUAAUACUGGGGCAGGGGGAUUUCAUUGCUGUACUUCGGGUCCUGUAUUUUUCCAAAUUGUGCUUCUUCAGGACUGAAUUCCUGGGAUUUAAACAGGAAGGGUAAAUUAUGGUAAAUGUAAUUUAAGACAUCUCAAUGAAUUAUUUCUAUCAAUAUUAUUCUUUAAGCAUGUUUUAGUCAUAGAAAAUUAUGAUUUGGGGAAGGCUCUUUUAUUUUAUUGUGUGGUUAACAUAAAGGAUCUUAAGUUAUAGCAAGUGUGAAAUAUUUACCUUUUUUUCCCUGAUCUGUCGUCUUCAUAGCACAACACAGUGAAAUUAUGGAAAGGCUCUUGGGCUCACAACCUUCAUUUUUCUGUUGAAGUAAAUGCAAGUACCAAAGCUCACCUGAGGUCUGACUGUGCGGCUCCCCCUCCCCCCAGCAUUCCAGAACGGAGGGCCACCAGGUGCUGUGUGAAGCAACACCUGUUUUAUCUUCUAUUUGUUAUUGAACUCUCUCCACCUUCCUUUUGAUUAGCAAUUUGUACUAAGAAACAAUGUUAUUUUGGUGUUGUAUAAUUCUACUUUUCUAGUAGACUGCUGUAUGGAAUUCUGUGAUAAACAUUUGAGAAAAGGUCUGUAUUGCAUAAAUAAAUUCUUUGUAUGUUGUGAA